CCAAGUCGGUUUGAAAAGAGCAGACAAAGGCUUUGAGCUCAGGACGCCCCUCUCUGCCUCUCACUCUGCCCACAAAGCCAACCUAAACUCCCGUCUUUUCCGCUGUUCCCCCCCACUCUGUCAUGGAGCUGCCCCGCAACCAGCAGCGCUAAGACUGCCGCUUCAGCGCUUACUUCCUCCUUCUGAAAUGUACGACCGUCUGGAUCCCCGCUCGGCCGCCGGAGGAAGGCUUUUUGUGGGUAUAAUACGAGGAAGCGUCGUCUGAGAGAAGAGGGAGAGGGGGAAGGAUUGACGCUUUUUCCUCCUCUCCUCCUCCUCCUUUUGCUCCUUCUUCCUGCUCCUUUUUGGCGGAUAGCGGGGUUCAAGCAGGAAUUAACGUUUUUCUUUGCUUUUUUUACUUUAACAAUAUCUAUUUGAAUCCUGCUGCGCAACCAGACCGGAUCACGUGGCACCAGAGAGAGUUGGAUCGAUUUUGCACAGUUCAGAGUGAGAGUAGGAGUAAAAUAAAACAAGAGCAGCACACAACUCCUGCUUUCUAGUUCUUUUUUUUUAAAAACAAAAAAACAACUGGGACUGUUGUUACUUUUGCAUAAUUUCAAGUGCAGAAGGGGGUUCGUUUUUCAGCCUUGGAGGUGUGGAGUAUUGAUUCUUAUAUGCCUGGGUUUUGAAAAACAAUGGAGACGCACAUUUCGUGCCUCUUCCCAGAAAUUUUGGCCAUGAUUUUCAGCUACCUGGACGUGAGGGACAAAGGCAGGGUGGCCCAAGUGUGCAUCGCUUGGAGGGAUGCAUCUUACCACAAGUCGGUGUGGAGGGGGGUGGAAGCCAAGCUUCACCUCCGCCGGGCAAAUCCUUCCUUGUUCCCCAGCCUACAGGCCAGGGGGAUCCGGAGAGUCCAGAUCUUGUCCCUGCGCCGUAGCCUGAGCUAUGUCAUCCAGGGGAUGCCGAACAUAGAGUCCCUCAACCUGUCUGGCUGCUACAACCUAACAGAUAACGGACUGGGCCACGCGUUUGUGCAGGAGAUCCCGUCUCUAAGGGUUCUGAACCUAAGUCUCUGCAAGCAGAUCACAGAUUCCAGUCUAGGCAGAAUCGCCCAGUACCUGAAGAACUUGGAGGUGCUGGAGCUCGGCGGCUGCAGCAACAUCACAAACACCGGGCUUCUGUUGAUAGCCUGGGGGCUUCACAGACUUAAGAGCCUCAAUCUGAGGUCCUGCAGGCAUGUCUCAGAUGUAGGGAUCGGACAUUUGGCGGGCAUGACCCGGAGUGCAGCGGAGGGCUGCUUGAACCUGGAGUACCUGACCCUCCAAGACUGUCAGAAGCUGACAGACCUGUCACUCAAGCAUAUCUCCAAGGGGCUUACCAAGCUGCGGGUGUUGAAUCUGAGCUUCUGUGGUGGGAUCUCGGAUGCAGGGAUGAUCCACCUGUCUCACAUGACCUCCCUGUGGAGCCUCAACCUGCGCUCCUGUGACAACAUCAGUGACACAGGAACUAUGCACCUUGCGAUGGGCACCCUUCGGCUCUCCGGGCUGGACGUCUCCUUUUGCGACAAGAUUGGGGACCAGACCCUCGCGUACAUUGCUCAGGGACUGUACCAGCUCAAGUCCUUGUCCCUGUGCUCCUGCCACAUCUCAGAUGACGGGAUAAACCGGAUGGUAAGGCAGAUGCACGAGCUGAGGACCCUGAACAUUGGACAGUGCGUGCGCAUCACAGACAAAGGGCUGGAGCUCAUAGCCGACCACCUGACCCAGCUGGUGGGCAUCGACCUGUAUGGAUGUACCAAGAUCACCAAGAGGGGACUGGAGCGAAUCACGCAGCUCCCCUGCCUUAAAGUGUUGAACCUGGGACUCUGGCAGAUGACGGAGAGUGAGAAAGUGAGGUGAUUGGGAGUGUUUUGGUGUGUGUUUGCGUGUGUGUGUUUGUGUGCGUUUCUUUUUUGGAUGGAAAGGGGUCACAAGGAGCAGGAGGAGUCAGGGUGAAAAGCUCAGCUGGCUUUCUUUUAUUUAAAAAGAGAAAACCCCUCCCUGCAUCCUCCGGUGUAAGGUGAGCCUCUUCCGUUUGACCUGCCUCUUCUUUUCAGUUGUUUAACUUUUCAUUCUGUUGGCCCUGCAGCAUCUAGACUCAUAUCUUAAAUAUAAGACUUCCUGGAAACCCUCUAACAAAUCCGUGUUUUAACAUUGAAGAAAUAUCUGACCCGAACUGCAGUAACUUAGCUUAUUUUUCAAACAACUUAUUUUCUUCUUACAAAAACACUUUGAUUCUUGACACUUGCGUCCAUCCAAAAUCCCUUUUUUUUUUUUUUUUUUUGAUAUAUUCAAAGCAAAGACAGGUUGUUGAAACUUAUGAAUGAGAUUUAUUUUUGCUACGAGUUCAGAUUUGACGACUAAUCGCCGCUACAGCCAUCACGCCUAAUAAAUGUUUGGCUACCUCGUAUGUGGUUGUUUCUUAAGGGAUGUAUACAGUUCAAAAUGAAGAAGGAAAGCUGAGAAAUGAGAGACUGGUAGAAAAUGUGCCUAAAGGGACUGUGUCUGCCCCCUCCCCCAUCCCUCCUUUCCUCCCUCCCUCCUUUCAUGAGCAGAGCCAGAGAAAGGAGACCAGUACACAAUCUGACUACCUUUGUUAAUUUAACCCUAUAAACAGCACCCAUUUUCUGUGGAGUUUAGUCCGAUUACAAGCCGACGUCACUUCACAAAAAAAAAAAAAAAAAAAUCCCAACUCAAGCAUCCAAAAAGGUUUCUUGUGUGUUUGCUUCAUUCUUUAAAAGGAUAAAGUCCAACUUUAAUGUUCUUUUUUGGCAGGAUUAAGAGCAUACCCCGUGGCAAAAAUACCUGUAAUUGUUUUGCUCUGACUAGGCAUGGGUCGGUAUCAGAUUCUUUGCACUUUUCCUUAUAAGAUAAGUAAAAA